AUGCUAAUGUGUUUGUGUUUCUCUGCUUGUGGGUUCGCCUUGCGCGGCCCAUUCCCUGCUGGUAAAUGUUUCGUUCAUUAUUUCUCACCGUGUUGUUAUGUCUGCUUGGGGUUCCCGUCCCCCGCCCGGUCCAUUGCCUUGAACCAUUUCUUUUGUGGUCGCAGUUUCGGUUGUGCAUCUAAAAUCACUAAUUUCCUCUUCCAUGUCGGCAGACACAACCUGUUUUGCGCCCGACUCCUAAGCGGCAUCGUAUGGCACAUGCCGCCAAACACAUGCACGCGCAUGCAUUUUCAUGCGGGUUAUGCCUUUGUGAGUGAAUGUGCUGGGGUAAAUUUAUGGGAGGUGUGUGUGUUUGUGUGCGGUUUCUUUGUCAGUGUUAUUUUGUCGAGGAAAUGGUAUACCGCGCUUGUUUGGGGAAAGGCUUCGGACCCCCCCCCCAUUUGA